AGCCUAGACACAUCGUUCUAUACUUGAGGAGCAAAAUGAUGUUAAGGACAUUCGUUGGCAUUAUCCUGUUGCUGUGUAUUUGGAGCGAACGUGCGCAGGGCGCCGUUAUUGCACCGCAGGACCUUCGCACAGAGUCGCCAAAUCAUCCGGAAUCCUUGCCAGAACGCUACCAAAGGAUCGCCCAAUGUCGCAAGCUCUGCUACCGCGAGUCCUUGCCAGUGAUAACGCCGCCGUUCCUCUGCCGAUCCCGGCCAGAGUGCUACAUGUGCCACGACUACUGCCGAGUCCUGGCCGUGGCCCAAAGAAGCCUGGCCACUUCCAUGUGCGCGGACCGGGAGUUCUGCACCCGGGGCUGCCGGGUGGCUUGUUCCUACCAUCGCCUCUGGAUCCAUCAGCACCAGAACGACAAUGUGGUCUCCAAGAAGUAGACUUCAAGGACAAAAUUAAUGACUAAUUAUAAUUAUUUAUAUGUAAA